AUGAAAGUAAAAAGAUUAAAAAAAGCAAAAAAACAUUUGGCUUUUUACAUUAAUAAUUAUAAAUUUCGUCAACCGUAUCAAGUGUUAGUUGAUGGAACUUUUUGUUUUCAUGCUUUAGCGAAUAAAACAAAUAUUCGGGAACAAAUUCCCAAAUAUUUACAAGGAGAAGUUAAAUUAUUGACAACUUCCUGCAUUGCCAAGGAAGUUGAAAAUCUGGGACAUAAAUUUUACGGAGCGCUGACGAUAUUGAAAAAUUUUCCGUUGCACAAGUAUAUAGUAGCGACACAAGAUGCAACUCUUCAAGGAAAAUUAAAAUUGAUUCCUGGAGUUCCCACGAUGUAUUUACACGGUCCGGCGCCGAUUUUAGCACCUCCUUCAGAAGAAGACAAAGGAAGCGCUGAAUUUUCAAACCAAGUGAGCGUUAAAAAUGCCGAGGUAGAAAGAUUAAAAGAACUGAAAGAAUCUAUGGCAAAAAAAGGAUUAUUACCACAAACUCCUCAACCAAGUCAGGAGUUUACAAAAGUUAAGCGUAAGAAAGGCCCGAAUCCUCUGAGCUGCAAAAAGAAGCAGAAGAAACCGACUCUUACUCAACCAGCUCCAAGCUCUGGUAAAGUCAGAAAACGUCAACGAGUUAAAGUAUCAGCGCACAUUAAAGAAGCUCUUAAACAGGUGUUGCUGGUUAAGAAGAGCUUGGGCAGCCAUCGACAGCAUCUUCAUGCGCUUGGAUAA